AGUCGCACAGGUGCAUCACGUAGGAUUCGUCUGUGAAAUAUGUCCCGCAGAUCCCAUUUACCGGACGGGCGCCUUGCUUGUCACACCCACGGCCACAUGGCACCUCCGUUCCACACCAGCCCUCUCCUCUCUCUCCCAACUCAACUCAACUCGCUGACUCACUCACCUUGAAAUCGAAAGAAACUCGAGCCAACUCAAACGCAUUCACACACGCAACACCCACAUCCCAUACUUCAAACUCCCUAACGCCUAAAACGCCGAUCCCCCAGGUCCAUGCCCAAGCCCCCGGACCGCAUGGCCCAACCCAUCCCGGCCCAACCCAACCGCAACCGCCAGAACCACAAACCAAAAACAGCAAUGCCUCACACUUGGUCGGGCUUCGACGCCCGUUCCACGUGCAACUCCGUCCUCCGUGUCCUCCGCUGCCCCCGAACGUCAGCUUAGAGUUCGCUGGAUCGUCGCGUCGUUGAUAUCAUCUCGGCCUCUUUUUCGUUUUUGCUUUCGCUCUUUGAGGCCUGUGUCCCUGUCUCCUCCGUCUUCUCCCUGUAUGCACCCCAACUAGCCCGUUUCCAUUGUUGCUUCGGUUUUUUCACUUUUCACUUUUCGCUUUUUUACUUCCUGUUUGCCUCGUAGUCUGCCUACCACGUACGGAUAUCCGGAGUAGUAUCUAUUUGUAUGCCCUUGCUUGAUUGAUUGCUUGCCGUCGUUCCAUAAUACGGGGCGUUCCUCAUAAUACCCCCAGAUAUAGUCAACCCGCCCCUCUUCUUGUCUCUUAUCCCCCCCUGGUUCGCCUCGAGCACCCUUGUCCCCAAAAGACACACAGACACACACGCACGCACUCGUUCAGCUCAAUGUUUGUGCCGGCGUCGACGAGAGAGAACGAGGUACUUCGUAGUUACAGUCAG